GAAUCUUUAUUAAUAAUUUUAACAUAUUGUUAAUUAGAAAAUUAUCAACGAAAAAGGAAGUAUUAGUACUAUUAGUAACAUCGAUGAAUCAUAGAAGUACAACCUUAUCUUCUGAAGUUCUGUAACGUAACAUAGUGAAAGACGUACAUACUGACUCAAUGAAUAAAAAAAGCAAUGUCGAAAAAUGUGUGAUUUCGUGUAAGUACUGAGUUAAGUGUUGAAUUGCAGCACUUGGGUAACUUGUAUUGCCUUAACUAAGGCUUAAGACAUUAAGUUCGUUAACUGUCUUGAAAAUUUUAGUGUAGGUCUGUUGUUACUUUUCUAAGUUUUAGUCUAAAAUCCAUAUCAAGACAUGAAUAAAUUGUGUAGGUAACUACAUUGCCAAAAAUUAUAAGUUGGACAAAUUUUAGAGAAAUUCUGUAAACUUUCAAUGACAGAAAUAAAAAUUUUUGGGUCUGUACACAAAAGGUCUAAUAAUAAUACAUUGAUUACAUCUGAAAUAAUGAGUUCUAACUGAUCUAUUAGUAUCAGAAAUUUGGAUAAAUGUAAAAAUUAAUUCAUAUAAUGCUAGUAGUAUGUUUCUUGGAAAAUGUGACUGCAUACCUGAUAAAGAAAUUUCAUUAGACCAAUUGAUGCCCUUAAACAUUAAACCACUUCAAAGCCAUUAUGAACAAUUAGGUUUAAAGUUAGAAAUUUUGGACAGAAACGGAGCCAAUAGAGAAUUUAAAAAAACUGUAUACCCGAAUAAAAUGGUUUUAGAAGAACACUUCGAUAAAGAUCUUGUGCAACAUAAGCCUAAACUUUCUCAUCAAGAAAAGCUGGAAAAAACUGGCUCUGCAUCAAGUAUUAUGGAUGGAUCAUCAAUAGAUGGAGCAUUAAGCCAUGAGGUUUUGAUAGUUCCCAAUGAAACAGUGCAUAUAAGUGGUACACACUAUGAAGGGGAUACAAGUUUGUUUUUGGAACCUCCACCCAAGUCAAAGCGCUUCCAGUUUAUUUCUAAAAAGAGAAAACGAGAGAGUGAUGAAGAUAAUCUGAGUAUAGCAAGUUUUGACAUUUCUCUUCUAAAUGAAGAACCAUGGUCUAAACGGAAAAAGAGAAUUUCUAGUUUUUCAUCAUUCACUUCAUUGUUAUCUCCGGCUAAACCAGUGAAGAGAAUGGGAGAAGUUUUUCAGCGUUCUCUGAGCAACCUAAAUAUUUCAUCAAAACCAAGCAGCAGCAUACCAGUAGCAGUUUCUCAGACCAUUCUGAGUGGGGACAACAGUUCUAGAAAACUAAGACGUAAAUCAUCGGGAGCAUCUUCUCCCUCUGUUACUCCCUAUAAACAACCCAAAGCAACUCCAAAGAAAUGUCGAACUUCUCGGCUGUGGUUGGACACAUUAUCAGAGGAAAGAGCUCAAGUAAUGAAAGAAAAUAUGAGUCAUAGAGAACUCAAACGUCAAGAGGCAAUUUUUGAACUGUAUCAGGGAGAAGAAGAUAUGGUGGAUGAUCUUAAUUUAGUCUUACAGAUAUAUCGGCAUUCUCUCAUCCAGCUUGAAAUAUUGAAUAGUGAAGAACUGAGACAAAUAUUUGGUCCAAUGGAUAAACUUUUAUGCCUCCAUCAAGAUCUACUAGAUGCACUGAAGGCACAAAGAAAAGAAGAUAAUGCAAUCAGCUCUCUUGGUCAAGUCAUGCAGAAGUGGGUGCCUGGUUUAAAGGCUUAUAUACCUUACUGCUCAAACCAGUUCACUGCCAAAGCUCUUCUAGAAGAAAAGAAAACCCAUGAUUCAAGGUUUGAAGACUUUCUGCAAAGAUGCUUAGAAUCUCCAUUCAGCAGACGUCUAGAUCUCUGGAGUUUCCUUGAUGUUCCCAGAAAUCGCCUAGUGAAAUAUCCUUUACUUCUAAAAGCUAUACUUAAACAAACACCUCAAGGUCAUGAGGACAAAGACUGCCUGCCAGAAGUUAUAAAAAAAGUUGAUAGCAUUAUCCAGCUGGUUGACAGAAAAACAGGAAAGGCAAACUGUGAGUUUAUUGUAAACAAGCUGGAUUUUUUGGAAGAAAGCCAGAGAGAUCCACUGAUUCAUCAGGCUAAGAGUCUUCUGUGUUCUGGAGUUUUAAGAAACAGCAGAGGAACGAAGCUCCAUGCCUUUCUUUUUGACACUGGUAUAGUGUUAACUCGACCUGCCACUAGAUGGAGUAGCAACAGUAAUUUUACCUCUGAGACAAAAAAUAGUACUAGGUACCAGGUCUACCGUGAACCCAUUCCAGCUCACCAAUUACUUAUAGAAAAUGUUAAAGAUGGAGAGGUUAGAAUUGGAGGUUCAUUUAAAUCUGCAUUUUCUUACACCAGUGGAGCUAAACAUGUAUUUAAAUUGACUUUCAUGGACAAGAACCUAGGUCAGUCUCAUACAUUACAAGCCAAUGAUGAACAUGACAAAAAACAGUGGCUUCAAAACCUUUAUAAGGUAAGCACUAACCACUGGUGUUCAUCUGCUGGUGUGUCUGUAAGUGAAGAAAGAAAAACCGGUGCAACAAAUAUCGUAGAAGAGUGUAAUCUUGAUGUGACUCAAGCUAGUAUUUUAGUGUAAAGAAACAUCAUUUCACUUUUGUAAAUUAAGUAUUGAACCUAGUAUAAACUUGGAAGUGUUGGUAUGAAAAAUAUUUAUGAAGUAUAAAAUUGUAUAAAUAAAUUAAAAGAAUGAACCAUGGAAAAUAUGAUAUGGGUAUCUCAUAAAAGAAGUUGAGAUUGAUGAAGCAAGGUUACAAAUUAAAUCAAUAAAACUGUUUUGAAAAACCUGUAUGUUGUUACUGAGUUUGGAAAAAACAAAAUAAUGGCUGUGUAAACCAAGAAAACUAAUACAGAUUGUCAUUGAACAUGAAAAAAUAGUGAUACAAAUAAAUCAUGAUUAGAUAGGCUAAACAUUUUCUGUUAAUUGACUAAAUCUUUAAGGCUAAAUUUGAAAAUACAUUUAAAUUUUAUAGACACCCAUUAUCCUGAAAUGAGAUUUAAAUGACUAAUAGUUUUCAAAUAUUUUAUAUUAAGUAUUGAAGAGGACCAAUAAUUUGUGUGUAUUGAAAUAACUGGUUUUCAUCUGUACAGCUACAGCUCAUACUAAUUGUUUUUGUUGCUUUUUUUUUAAGCUAGAAAAUUCCUUAACUUUGAUUGGUUGAUCUCUGACUUUCAAAUUGUUUUUUUGUUGAUAUAUAUAUGCGUGUGUGUUCAUGUAAGAAAUACAAUGUUCAGUUUCAGUUAGAACUAAAAUUGACAUUCACACAUAACAUUAGAUGUGUUAAGGUUUCUGUGGUAAUCAAGCUCACAGUAGUAAAUUUCCACAUGCUAUGAUAUUGGUUGAUAUAUUUAACCAAUCUAACUUGUACUAUUCUAAGAAGCACUCAAGUAGUUUUUAAUCUGUGAUUGUUCUAUACACUUGUGUAUUCUUUGGUGCAGAAACUUGUAUUUCUAAUGCUAAUGUACUUGUGUCUAUUCAAAUUUGUGAAACAAAUAUUUUGCUUUAUAAGUGUGUUAGAUAA